AUGUCUGGAAGAGUCAAAGAGGCAAAAGGUGGCAAGGAACUUGGAAAAGGAGGCGCCAAGUGUCACCGCAAAGUUCUCUGUGAAAAGAUCCAUGGAAUCACCAAGCCCGCUAUCGGUGUGAAGCGUAUCACCGGUCUGAUCUAUGAGGAGACCCGCCUUGUCCUGAAGGUGUUCCUGAAGAAAGUGAUCCAUGAUGCCAUCACCUACACCGAGAGGAAGACCGUUACCGCCAUGGAUGUGGUCUACGCUCUGAAACCCCAGGGACGCACCCUGUACGGUUUCAGAGCUGGAGAGUCCUCUCGGUGUGCCCACUACAACAAGCGUUCUACCAUCACCUCCAGGGAGAUCCAGACCGCCGUGCGCCUGCUGCUCCCUGGUGAGCUGGCCAAGCACGCAGUGUCUGAGGGCAGCAAGGCCAUAACCAAGUACACCAGCUCCAAGUAA